UGUACAUGUAUUGUGUACCGUACGUGCACAUGCCCCACUGAUUUUUUAUAUGGCGUCUAUAUUUAUACCCCUCCAUUUUGGCGUUUGUGAAUCUGCAGCAACUUAAUAGCGCUGUCUUUGAGUCCUUCUGUGGAGAACGGGGUUUCAAAACAGCCGGAAGAUAGAUCUCCAUCAAGGAAGAAUAUCCAUGCGUAAGGUUUUUGAUACCUGCAUGCACAGUGUUUCACGGCAGCAAGUUAGACUGUGACCUAUCAGCUUUCGGACUACAGUUUUCUACGACAUUCUAAGUGACGUGGAGUAUGGAACUGAAACUUUGAAGGAUAUGCAGGCUAAGUUGUUUUGAGAACAAGGAGUUUCCUUCCUCGACUUAGUUUUGCUUAUUUGUUCAGGGUCGUACACUGGAACGCCAGCGAGCUUUUGUGAUGGAAAAGAGACGUUUGAUGGAUUAGUUUGCGUUGAUGGCGUUGUUCGCUCUUUCGAGGCUGAGAAACAGAAGGCUGUGGGCCAUCUUCUCCGCCGGGUGCUUAUUGUCCGCACUGAGUUUUACUCUAACGACAAACGGCUUUUUACCUAAAAAGAGUCAUGGGACUUUUAACAUCAUGACACCAUCAUCUCGCCAUGCGAUUACUCCAAGCAGACAACAGUCCCACGCGAGAAAAGAGCUGAUGAAAAAAGAACACCCCACUAAGAAUUCCAAAACGCCACAAACCGACUCCAUGGAACAACAGGCGCUGGUCCAGCUGAGCCGCAAGAACUUCCUCAAGAAAGUCUGCAAGAAGCAUCGGGAGCUGAGAGUGAGCAAUGCGGUUGACACAACGAGAACCUUGAAGCAGCUCAUGGUCAUGCCGAACACCAGGGUCUUGUACUGCGUCGUACCGAAGGUUGGAUGCAGCAACUGGAAACGAGUCUUCAUGGUCUUAGAAGGCCACCGCCGUUUCAUGAACAUUUCCCAGAUUGACGCUCACUUCAAUAAUCACCUGGAGAUACUGUUGUCCAAGCCACUGGACGAAGUCCGCCACAUCCUACAAGCCUACCGCAAGUUUCUCUUCGUGCGCCACCCGUUCUUCCGUCUGAUUUCCGCCUACCAAAACAAGAUCGCCGGUGACCAGCCUUUUCGCCAAGGCGGCAACUGGCAGUUUUUGGACGUAGCCCGGGCGAUCAUCCAGAGGUACCGCAAGGAAGCGAAAUCCAGUGACUACGUGAGGGGGAACUUGAGCGUGACGUGGGAAGAGUGGAUCGCAUACCUGACCGACCCGCCCAACCGAGACAAGUUUAACGACCACUGGAAGGAAGUCUACAAGCUGUGCACGCCUUGCCAAGUUCAAUACGACUUCAUCGGCAAUCUGGAGACCGUGGAAGAGGAUUCCCGGUACAUGUUCAAGGUGUUUGGUUUGAACAAUGUCACCUACCCACCGUAUCGUUCCCGCACAAAAGUGACCAGCUCCGAAUUGUACAAUCACUAUUUUUCCCGUGUCAGUCAAAAGGACCUGCAGAGAUUGUGGCAAAUUUACAGACUUGAUUUUGAACUUUUUGGUUAUCCCAGGCCAGAGAGAUUGGGCAAAUCGGUGCACCUCUGAUAACCCAUGAGAUUUAAAGGACCUUUCUCGAAGUUCGACCCGUGUUUCGCGUUCCGUCUCUCUGUACCCGGAGGUACAGGGCUCCAUUCAGUGGCCGUGUUCAUCGAAUUCUGCGUGUCCCACGAGCGGCCGUUCGUGACUUAAUCAGAUGAGAGUUUUUUACGAACCAAAAGAAAAGUAACAGGGAACGAAAAUGCAUAGCUAUUUACACAAUGGCACCCACAGAUGAAAACAUAUACAAAAACAAGAACGGACGUAAACAGCACGACAGAAAAUAUCACCAGUAAACUAUCAUACUAUGGGGGGGGGGAGGAGGCAAUUUUAUGCAAUGCCGUGGGCCAAGGGCAACAUCUGAAAAAUAGUAGACCUACCCUAAAAUAGCCACUGCGAGAUGCUCUGGGAAUUGAGGGAAUACUUUCUGGCCGUGUCCGGAGCAAGAAGGACGAGUCAAAGACAAAGUCCUUCGAUUAUUAUCGUACUAUUCAAUUAACUUUAACACAUUGAGAGUUGUCUCUGACGUCACUUUGUGUCGUUGGUUCCUUACUGACAUAUGUGUGAGAAAUAAUUUUCAGAUGUUUAAAACCCCGAUCUUGUGUGAGACAGGGACUCCGUAAUACUCAUUCGCUGGUGUUACACAUAUUCUGCGCAUGCCUCGAUGGACAAAAUACAAUGAUGACAAAUCACGUGUGAAAGCCAAAUCUAUUACGGUAACCCUAAGGGAAGAAAAAGCCGAUUUCAAGGGAGUCAAAAUUUCAUAUGACACCGGCCCCAUUUGAAGAAAAUUCAUCGAAAGUUUGUGUUUUUUGUUCAUUUUGAGACUAAGCUACUGCACUUUUAUCCACUCAAAUUUCUGAAGGCCACGCUCAGAGCUGGAGACGUCCUUCCUAACGCGGGUUCCACACGGUUCAUUUUAAGCGCACCAGGAAGUCGUCUGCACUUAGGCAGAGCGCCAGGCAGCGAUCCUGUGCCGACUUUCACCACUUCUUUUCUUGCUCUAGAUUUUUUCACCAAUUUCUUGCACCCAAAUCCCGCUACCGGUCAGGGUCGUCACCCCCAGCGGGUUAAGGACUGGCCUCAACCAUGCCAUGCGCUUCGCCCCGCAUGGUAUCAGCUAUACGCAAACUUUACAAAAUGUAGGUACCGUGUAUGUCAUGGCUAUGAUUUCGAAUUUGAAAAUAUUUAAAGCUUGUCCAGGAAAGGUUUAUGCAUUGGUGACGCAUAUACUUAUUGUAAACUGCGGCAGUUUGGUCAGUUUAUUCCGUCGUAUGUAAUUAUUAUUAUUGCACGUCAAAACAUGGAAACGAUAUUUUUAACCGAACCCGUCUUGGAAAAAAAAGUGCCUUUUACGAAAACGGUUUGUCUUCAGAAUGCACAGUGACGAUAUUCGAAAAAUUGUCGGGAUGGGGGGUGGGGGUUGAAUUGGUCCUACUAAUUUUAUAAGUAUAAAGCCUACUUAUUUCUUGCAUGAAAUGGAUAAUUUCAUUUGACUACGUAUGUAUCUUUUUUCCAGUUGACUCAUAAAUUGUCCAUUAAAUGGUUAGCUACGGAAAAAGAUAUAAUUUUGCAUAUUAAAUGCUUAUGUAAGGCUAGAUCCUAUUAAACAGUCAAUUCAAUUCUACAUGACAGUAACCAAAAUAAUUGUAUUUGAGCGUUUUAGUCUUUCCAAGACGAGUAAUGAAGCUAACCGUUACUGAUAAUUAAAUUUGAACGAAAAGAGUUUGGAAAUUUGCGAGAAAACCUAUAUUUUCACUUUUCCUUUUAGGACUAUGGCGUCUAAAUUUUGGAACUGAAUGGUAAAUGACUAACUUGUUUUUCCAAUAGCACGUUAAAAGUUCGUCUAACACAAGUUUUGAAAUUGGAAACGAUGAAUUAGAAAAAAAAACUUAAAAAAAAUAUAGAUAUGAAAACCUC